CGGCCCCCCGCUGCCCCCAGACCCAGACCCUGACUCUGAGGGGCAGUGGCACACCCAAGAGGAGCAGUAUGUGAGUGAGGGGCUGUCCUGCCAGGGGGACCCCCAGCCCGCGGUGCCCGACUGCAGAGAUGCUGGGACCAUCACAGAUGUUUGUAACAGCACCGACCUGCCUGAGUUUGAGAUCAUCAGCCUUUUGGAGGAGCAGCUCCCGGUUUAUCGUCUCAGGGCCGACACCGUCUACGGAUACGACCAUGACGACUGGCUGCACACGCCGCUGGUGGCUCCAGAGGCCAGUCUGGACCUGACCACCGAGCAGAUCGAAGAAACACUCAAGUACUUCUUGCUAUGUGCAGACAGAGUGGGCCAGAUGACAAAGACGUACAAUGACAUCGACGCCGUGACUCGACUGCUGGAAGAGAAAGAGAGAGAUUUGGAGCUGGCCGCGAAGAUCGGACAGUCGCUCCUGAAGAAGAACCAGGCCCUGACGGAGCAGAACGACUAUCUGGAGGAGCAAGUGGCUCAGAUCACAGAGGAGGUCGCUCAGUUACAUCACGAACUCAACCUAAAAGAUGAACUCCUGCAGUUUUACACCAGCGCAGCAGAGGACAGCGAAGAGGAACCGGGCAGCUCGCCAACGAGCAGGAAAAGUAAAGUGGAGGCAGCGUCAGGCGGCUUUGUGAGUGACACUCUGCAGAGAAAACUCAAAGACCUGGAGGAAGAAAACCUGUCUCUGCGCUCGGAGGCGAGCCAUCUGAAGUCAGAGACUGAAACGUACGAAGAAAAAGAGCAGCAGCUGGUUAAUGACUGUGUGAAUGAACUCAGAUUGUCCAGUCUCCAAAUCUCUGCCAUUGCUGAAGAAUUGGCCCGAAAGACUGAAGAUGCCUCCCGUCAACAGGAGGAGAUCACACACCUCCUGUCUCAGAUCGUGGACCUGCAGAAAAAAGCCAAAUCUUUUGCGGUGGAGAACGAGGAGCUCUCUCAGCACUUGAUCGCGGCUAAAGACGCUCAGAGGCAGCUCACAGCAGAGCUUCAGGAUCUGGAGGAGAAAUACUCCGAGUGCAUCGAGAUGCUGCACGAGGCUCAAGAAGAACUGAAGAACCUACGCAACAGAAACUACCCCACGGGCACAGCACGCCGCUACCACCCCCUCGGACUGUACCCCAUGGAUUCUCUCGCUGCUGAAAUUGAAGGAACGAUGAGGAAGGAGUUGAGUUUGGAGGAUCCAGAGUGUGAGGAACAGAAGAGCCACCGUCGCCGAGUGUUUGAGACGGUCAAGACGGUGAACCAGACGGUGAGGCAGAGGUCGCUCACUCCGACCAGCAACAUCCCGGGAUCCAACCAGUCCCUGUCGGCUCGGACGUCGCCCCAGUCGAGCGGACAGACUACACCUCGCUCCACCAUGUUCAGCACCGACAGCAACGUGAUGGACAACAGGACUCAGAGCAUCCUCAUGGAGGUCGCAGAAAACCAGGACAGCGGCGGAGAUGAGGAAAAGAAGCCGAACGGGGCGGACGAGCUGCGACUGGCUCUGAGGAGACUGUCCCUCCGUCGCCAGAACAACCUGAGCGAGCGGCGUUACUUUGAGGACGAGCGGGAGCGUCGCAGAGGGGGGCACGGGGGGCUCAGCCUGGGACACGACGGCCCCGUGACCCCCUCGGACAGCAUCAUGUCCCUGGGAAACCUGCAGCUCUGGGCCACUAGGGGGCCCUACCUCCCCGAUAAACUGCAGAUUGUCAAACCGCUGGAAGGCUCUGCCACCCUGCACCACUGGCAGCAGCUGGCACAGCCUCACCUCGGCGUGAUCCUCGACGCCAGGCCCGGAGUCGUUCCCAAAGGAUACAGGCCCCUGGAGCUGGAGCUGGAGCAGGCUUAUCCGUGGAGCGGUUUUGAGGAGGACGAUCCCGGGGAGCAGUACUUCCAGAACCUGCCCACCUCCUCGGCCUCCGCCCUCGCCCCCGCCGUCCCCUCUACCUCCGCGCCCUCCAGCAGCAGCAACAGUGAGGCGCCUCCGUCCGCCUCCGGCCUGGCUCCGCCCUCACCGCCGUCGCCGUCACCUUCGCCGCAUCUUAGCAACACGGACGGUCUGGCUGCGUAUUAUCCAGGGAAAUGCAUGGCCCACACCAGCUCCACCUACACCUUCACCACCUGCCGCAUCCUCCACCCGACGGACGAGCAAACACGGGUCACGCCAAGUCUGAAUCCCGUCCCGGCCUCGUCGUCUUGUGUCAUGUCCAGUUCUUUGGGGACUCCUGCUGUGACGCCCGGGGCCCAGCGACGCCUCAGCCUCAGACCGUCAGAGUCGUCCACCAACCUCAGAGAUGCCACUCGCACCACCAGCAUGUCCCUGGGGUUAGUGCGUCUACUCCAGGAGCGGGGGAUCUCGGCCGCCGUGUACCACCAGAACCAGGGUCUGGAGCACGGCCCGGGCAGCGGCGGAGUCUUAUUCAGCACCUCGGUCGCUCCCAACAGAACAGCCACGUCGAACCCUCUGCGGCCUUCUACCCCCCCCAGCUCCCCCACGCCGCCGGCAGCUUUAACCACCUCCACCUCAGCGAGCUUCGACUUCAAGAGCCCGUCCUACGACAACUUCCUGGCGUCCAAACCGGCCCGGUCCAUUCUCAAAGAGGUGACCGGGGGACUGCGAGGGAGACAGCGAGGCCGGGACUGUGAAAGCCAGACCGAUGUUAGCGUUAGCAUUCACAAUCUAAACUUACUGGACAAAGUGAAGCGGCUCGGUGUGUCUGGAGCUCCAGGGGGCAGAGCCAUCAGCCCUGGCCCCAUCCUGGGACCUCUGGGCGGGCUGCGUAGAUCCGGCUCUCCCUUUGGACCCGAUGGGAUGAGGAGGAACCGGAGUUAUCCAGCGAUGGUUGGAGCUAGCAUGGCCAUGAAGGCUCCAGGGCCCCAGGAGUAGUCAGGAGUUUUGGCUGUUCAUGUCGUCUGGAGCCCAGGCACAAAGCCAUCACUGUUUAUGAUGUUUGCCAGAAACUAUUCGCUAUUAGCUCUGAGCGCAACGGCGUCUGGCAACUUCAGUGUUAGCGUCACCACUUCUUGUCCAGUUUUAUCUCUUUUAUGAGGUUUUGUAGAGUCGCGCUAAAGUUAACAAAUAUCUAA